AUGUCGUCGUUAUUGUCGCCGUUAUCGUCGUCGCCGCCGUUGUCAUCGUCGUCGUCGCCGUUUUCAACGUCGUCAUUGUCCUUGUCGUCUUUGCUGUCAUCCUCGUCUUCGUCGUCGAUGAGUGGAAGGGAGACACCGCUGACGGCUGCCUCCAUUGCCAACGCCGAUGUGAGUGCAAGAGGAAGGAGCAGAUGGUGGGACAGGCCCCCGAGCCGUUACAGCCGCCACUUUGGAGCUGCUAUAAACCGUAGAACCUCCCACCAGAGCCGGGGGACAGCGCCGAUGAUCUCCAUUUCCAAAUGUGAGUGCAAGAGGAAGGAGCAGAUGGUGGGACAGGGCCCCGUGCCGUUACAGCCGCCACCUUGGAGCAGAUUGACUUUAGAUAACUGA